CCAACGACUCAGAGCAGUAGUCGAGUCCUGCAAUUACUUUGGUAUAAUUUUUAUUCUACGUAUUCGUACUAACGCGCUGUUGUGUCAUUACUGAUGCGACAAUUGUGAAUGUUUUGGUCGUAAUACAAACAGUGACAUGGGCUGCAUCGGACAAAGUUCUUGAAAGUACGAGUGGUAGAAGCGAAUGAUAUGGCGGGAAUUGAUCGUGUUGGGUCAUGUUGCUAUCGCAACACCGAGUCAGCAGACAAGAUGUAGGGGUUUCCUCCUCCUAUCAACCUACAUUCAUACCAAGUCGGUGAAGAAGAUCAUUCCGUGGUCACCCUAUCUUUGUGCUUGGAUAAACUACGCCGGGAAUGUCAAAUACCUGAACCACACUUUCUGGAUAGUGUUCCUUGGACUUUUUUUUGUCAAUAGACGCUGCGUUAAAUCUUGUCACUGGAUCUUCCAUUAUCCCGAACAAAAAGGUCGCAUGGUUUGGAUACGAUGUUGACAAUGGUGUGUUAAAUGAAGAUUCCACCUGGGGACUGUUGUAGCAUAUUGGUGGUGUGUUGGUGUUUUAAACAAGGGCCAUGCUACCGCGGAUGAGUGUGUCGACGGAUCGGAACAAGGGGGACAUGGAUACCGAUGCGGAAGGGGAGGGAAACGAGCGGUUGGCCAGCGCCCAACUCCAGUCCCUCCGGUCUAGUGCACCCGCCGGCCAGGACAACAAAGUCCGGAUUAACGUCGGGGGUGUAAGACACGAGACAUACAAGUCCACCCUCAAGAACAUCCCGGACACCAGGCUGGCCUGGUUGGCUCAGUCGGCGGCCACCAACAGCACCGAUUACGACCCGGUGACCGGGGAAUUCUUUUUCGACCGGCAUCCGCGGAUGUUCGACGCCGUCCUCAACUACUAUCGUAUCGGCAAGCUGCACGCCCCAAGAGAUGUCUGCGGCCCGGCCUUUGAGGAGGAGCUCCAGUUCUGGGGGAUCGACGAGAAGCAGAUCGAGGCUUGUUGCUGGUCCUACCACACCGAACACCGAGACGCCCAGGAGACGCUGGCCAAGCUGAACGGACCCAACUUUGAGAAGAGCGACAGCGAGGAGGAAGAAGACGUAGCCCGAAUCUUCGGCAUCGAGGAGGAGUACCAGACGGAGAAGAAGAGCUGGUAUCGAAGGUACCAGCCACGGAUCUGGGCGGUACUAGACGAACCCUACUCGUCACGGGCGGCUAAGGUAUUUGCCUUCAUGUCACUUCUUUUUGUAGUCCUUUCUAUCACGACGUUCUGCUUGGAGACCAUGGAAAACUUUCGAACAACGACCAACGGCACCAACAGUGUGGAUGACAUAGUAGAGACUCACAUAUCGUUGUUUUAUAUUGAGGCCGUAUGCGUCACGUUCUUCACUGUAGAACUUGUGGUUCGGUUCGCUUUCUGCCCGAACAAGCUUCGGUUCUUCAUUACAGUGGAGAACAUCAUCGAUAUUAUGGCAGUCAUUCCGUUCUACGUAGACCUGGGUGAACGCAUCAAUGGGCAGCAGACUGUGCAAGUGGUGAACGACUUUUUGAGUUUUCUGCGGAUCGUACGGAUCUUCAGGAUCUUCAAGCUGGCUCGUCACUUGAGCGGACUGAAGAUCCUGGUGCACACAGUCCGCGCCAGCGCAAAGGAGCUCCUUCUGAUGAUCGUGUUUGUGACGUUGGUCACCCUGGUAUCGGCAAGUCUGAUCUACUACGCGGAGAAAUGGACAAUUUCUGAGGGUGACGAAGAGAAGAACGACUUCACGGACAUCCCUAUAGGGUUCUGGUGGACGGUGGUCACUAUUACCACAGUGGGCUACGGGGAUGUUGUACCCCGCUCCUGGUUGGGUAGGAUCAUCGGGGCAUGCACGGCCAUCAUUGGUGUACUUACCCUUGCCUUACCCAUUCCUGUCAUCGUCAACAACUUCUCGCUAUAUUACACGCACGCACAGGCCAGUCAGAAGCUUCCCAAGAAGCGAAAGCGAGCCCUGGUGGGCGCAGCAGACGUCUUGAAGACGCACGGGAAUCACAUGGCGUCAUCAAGCAUUAGUGGUUACUCCACUCAGUCUACUAACGAGUGUGACACCAACAGCUUACGGAGUGAGGAUAGCUGUCUCCGGACUGUUUCUGGACUGGUAACAGCAAACGGCAGCGUGAAAAUGCCUUCAUCAGCAAUCGGUGAGAAGACUCAGAUAUCCGUUUACUUCACCGAUGAGGUCAGCGACAGCCCCUCUAGGGCAAGAUCACCACUAUCUCCGUCUCACGGGGCUGCUGGGAAGCUAUCCCCAUCUCAGCAGCGGAGGAUAGGCAAGAGGUCUAGCAUCAUGCCGUCUGGACACGCGGGAGUUGGAAGAAGGGAAAGCUUUGCACCUAACGGUAUAGCCAAUCGGCAAAACGGUCGUUCUAGAUCUUUGGCAGCUGGUCCUCUAAGGCCACCUCCCCGGCGGAGAUCUCUCCUGCCAUCCAUGACCGAAGUUGACAUGUGAUAUCACCAGACUCACGGCAAAACACCAUUAACUGUAGUUGCUUUUAAACCCAACUAAUUAACUUCUAACUUGGCGAUCUCAAAACCUUCCAAGACACAUCAGUUCACCUUUAGCUGUGCUAUCUUCUCAAUCCUACCAGCUACUCCUGCAAACUAUCUAUGCCCGCAUGGGAUUUCGAGAGAAAAACCAAACAAAUACGUACCUUAAACUUGUGAGCGAAAGAGGGAUAACAUGCAAUGUUUCACCUUUUGCCAUCUGUGUGUUCUCGCUCAGGACCGACGAUGGCAGCAAUUUAAAAAUCGUCCUUAAAACGGUAUUUUUGAUUGAGUCAUUGCGUGAGACUAACUUUAAGAAAGCUUUGCUUUAAACAGAUAGAUCACCGCAAGUAGGCUCGUGUUGGUCUAAGUUAUGCGGGAAAUUUUCAUCGAUAAAUUGUCAACUGAUGGCGCUUCAAUUGAAACAGUCUCUUAACCGUGGAUGUGGGGCACCGUCAAUUGCUACCAAAUGAAAAAAAAAUGACGGUAUGAUAUGCGAGGUACCCUUGCAAAGUAAAUACUAAGUGGUGUGAAAAAGUGUAACAUUAGAACUCCUCUCUCUUUGCUAGAAUUCUCGUAAUCUUUCGGUGGAAAGUAGUUAUCAUUUCACAGUUUCACUGCUGUAAAUCAGACAUAUCCGUGUAAAGUUAGGUAUUUAGUUCACCUAUGUAGUUGAUGUUUGUGUGCAUUUAAGAAUACAACGUCUGAAGAGACACAUUUACAUGUAGAAAGAUUAGAUGCUUAAGUUCACAGCGUAGUCAUGAAACAUCAUGAAACUUGGCUUAAAAAUGAACCUGUUUCAAAGCUGUAGCUUGUCCCUCUGCUCUUUUCCAACGUACGCACAUGAUACUCUCCAAACGCUGCAGGUGAUUUAGAUAGAUAAAGUGCCACAUUUGUUGCCGUCUACGCGAAUAUGUAAAAACACAUCUUGUACAUAGUGUUGUAUUUCUAAAACCCAUGAACAUAAGUGAUGAAAAGCUUCUGAAGCUUCUUUGUCAAUUUGUAAAAAAAAAUGAGGAAAUAGCAGUUGCACAUAUUUAACUAUUUUUCUACUCUGUACUACUAAACGCAACCCAGCCUUAGCUAUUUAAUACUUCUCACAAAGUGAUGCAUGGUCUGGCUUCUGAUUGGUUGAUGGAAGCACAGGUAACGCCCUGACAUAUAAAAACGGACUGACUAACCGACUGAAAUGACCCAAAACGAGACUGUUAGAACUUCUUUGAAAUAAUAAAGCAAAAUAGGGCGGCUGAAUUGUAAGUGGAUAAGAGCAGAUGCAAAAUCAAAAAAUAAAUCUUCCCAGGCUAGGACACUGGCUCACGCUAUAAGCUCACUGUUUUCAUCAUUUGCUGUCAUCUUAGAGUAAAACGAAGUGUAAGGGUUUGGUUUCUGCCUUGUCAAACCAAGUGAGUGUCCGAGAAUUCGGCCUACCAGUGCAAUACCUAACACAAAACAGGCGCACAAUCGUUUCGAAGAUAUUCUUUAUCUUAAGCACAUAUCGAUACGUAACAAUCGAUUAAGAAAUAACAAAUUGGGAGUAAUAUUACAGAAGUGCAAACAUCCAUUCCCCUUUCAUUGGAAACAAAAAUUAUUUCUUGGAAUAUUUCCGGGAAAGGUGUGACUUAGACUUGGCACAUCAAAGAAUAGAUCAAAAUUUCUAAAGAGAAUAGAUAACACCUGUAUAAUAUAAAGCUUAAAUGUCCAUUGAUACGAUUGCCAUAUGUAAAAAGCAUAUCUUAAGAACAAUGUUGAGUUUACAUAUUGAUACCAAAUUGACUUAGUUUUGCAACACAAGUAAAGCGCGUCUUAACACUGAAGAUAAAAUUUCCCCAAUGUUAAAAAAAAUUCUGAAUUAAUAUAUUUGGUAGAUUUUUUUAAUAGCUCCUGUCUUUCAGCCUACCCAAAUUAUUAAUGAAUGAAUGCUCAGAAAUAGUAUAUGGCUUCCUCAUAAUCUCUUAUGAUAUGUAAGAGUUAUAUUUGAAGGUAAGAAGCAGUAAUUUGAUACAUGUUUUGGUGGCCUCGCCUUUCAACGUGUAGGUAUUUGAUAAUCCCCGUAAAGUUUAAAUAUAAAACGAACUGUGCCAAAGUUUUGAAAAUUGAAAUUAAAAAAGGUACUGCAAAUUUAAAGAUUUAACUCUUUGCCGAUCACGCCCCUAUUUUUAAAUGUUUGGAUCGAUGUAUUUCACACCAAACAAAUUACAAUGGCCUUAACACAUAUGAUUAUUUGAAAACAAAGUACAUCUAGGUAUAUUGUGAAAUAAAAAGUGCAUACUAAUAACAUUCAAGCGAUCAACAUACUUUUCAUAGGUAGUGAUCCUCUGCGAUAACCAGAUAAACAUUAGGCCACAGCAGAAUAAUUAUUGUUAAUGUCACUUAGAAUGAAUAGCAUCUGAGUGUCUUGUAGCGUUGGAUUCUACUGCAUAACGUGCCUUGGCUUUGUGUAGUAAUGGAGUUCACUGACAUUGAAAAAAAAAAGAAUUGACAUUUUUGCCUGACAAAUAAAAUGUGCAGCAGAGAAUUUGAAACCUCCAACCUCACACCAGUUGUCUUAUGUACCUGUCACCCGAUGGCCACAAUGGGCCCCCAGCUGGACCAAGAGAGGGCGCUGUUUUCUUAGCAGUGGAGCCUCCUUGGGUGGGAACUGAGCUUCGCUGAGUCAUGAACGACUAGGAAAUGCACGCACCAUAGGCGUAUCGCUACCAAAAAAGUGAACCCUCUGGACCAAGAUGGGUCUUUUCAACAGAAAAGUAAGACUUCUGCUUGCGACGUAUUGUAGGCUAAGACCGACAUUCUAACUUCUAAAAAAGCCGGAUUGUGAGUAUUCAGCCUUAUGAAAACGAAAGCAUUUUAGAGUCAACGGUGUGUUUCUCCUUAAAUUGCUCAUCUGGGUUUUUGACAAUCUUGUUUACAUUAAGUAAGAUGCUAAAAUGUCUUCGUAAAAAAUGUGAAUUCAGAAGAUAGGAAAGAUAGGACAGUGCAUCGCCGUUUGUCAAAUAGCGCUCUGAAGGGUACAGAGAUUGUAAAAGGGUUGACUGGUUACAGGGUAUGUAUUGGUAUUUCCCGAAGAUUAGUCAAGUUAAUUAAUAAUCCUCAUUUUACAGAAACGUGUUU